CCUUAUAUAUUCGCCAUGUCAGAAUAAACACGAUUAACCAGCUUUUGAAAUAUUCCAUCCAAUCAGAAAUUUAGUAUUUUUAACAAAGUUCAUAGGACGGUUUGUAAGGGUGCUUAGAAUCUUGGGCGGGCGGACGCCGGCUGGCAGGGCGGGCACGCAGUCCUAGUGGGCCGCGCUGCACUUCCCGUACGACGAGGCCGCGCUUAACCUAUAUAACCAGUUGUCGCCGCUGAAGCGCUUACUGCCGACCAGCGCCCUCCGCCAACCGUACGCAAAACAGCCGCCGCGUACGUCAGUCGCCGACGGUCCAGCUCAGUGCGCCCGCGUUGCCGCCACCGCCUCCCCACGCCUGCUCACGCGCUGAUCUUUGUGACAGUGUCCCCAUCGACAACAUGACCAAUUACAUCAGAAUCGCAUUAGUCGUGUGCGCGUGCGUCGCGCUGACGGCGGCCCAGUACAGCCUGGACUACGGCCUGGACUACAGCAAUAACUUUGCUCCCACCAACUUUGGCGGACCCCUCCUUAACACGUUGUCGGCCGCCGGAGCCAGAGACCCUAGAGCUAACACCGGUCCAGUAGUGUUCCCCCCCUCGCCGCCCGGUGACCCGUCCCAGACCAGCGGCGUGGUGGUCGGCGCUUCUGGCUACGGCUUCGUGCCCCCGGGCUCGCAAGGUCCUGCAAAUCCGAGAUAUUUCUACCCAGGAUUUUUCCUAAGAAGAUAGGAAAAUCACCUAGCAAAAAUAAGACCAUAUUAUACGAAUUUGUACAAAUGUUAUUUAAGAAAUGAAAUUAUACAUUUGUAAUAUAUAUAUGCCUCAUUCCACAUUUAUAUGUUUAUGUGUAAUGUAUAGGUAUAAUUUAGAAGUAUGCAAUUUAAUUAAAUCAAUUAUAUGCCUACCUAUGAAACUGUGAUAAAAAAUAGCAACCUAA